GGGGAAAUCUAGACACAAAGGCACAGCAUCUUUCCCAGAGAGAUCAGCAGAGCAGAGCCCGGUUCUGGGGGAUCAUGCUGAAUAUGCUGUUGCUGGGUUGGGGAGUGCUGCAGGGAAUCCAGGCCAUCCUCACCUCUGACCUCAGCAGCAGCCACCUGUCAGAGCUGCGCCCCAUUCUGGAUGGGGCAGAGAAGUCCAGCUACCCCAGCCUUCUGCAGAAAUUCAAGGAGGCACCCGUGGGGCCCGCAGGGACUUUACCAAGACCUGGGUUUGACAGGAUGGCUAUGGAGCUCCGUGUAGCUGAUGAGGACCUCAUGCAGGAAGCCAGUGUACUGGAGCCAGAGGUGUUGUCUGCUGCACUGGAGGCUCAGGGCCGAGAGGAGCGCGCUCCCCGCAGAUGUGUCCGCUUGCUGGAAUCCUGCCUUGGGCACCAGCUCCCCUGCUGUGAUCCUUGUGCCACCUGCUACUGCCGCUUCUUCAAUGCCUUUUGCUAUUGCAGGAAAAUCAGCGCCACGCUCCUGUGUGGCAAGAACUAGCGUUGGCGUGCUCCCCGGCCCCCCUUUUCUCGCUCCCUGGAUUAAUAACGGGGUUCCCUUACGCCCGUGUACCCUUUGCAGUUCCAAUAAACGACCUGCUAGUAAAUAGGGUCACCAAGUGCA